AUGCAAGUUCACUAUAAGGAUAUCGGACAUUUGUUAACCAAUUAUUCCGCGGUAAACUCUAUUGCCUCGUUACGCUUUUGUAUCGCGAUUGCCACCUUAGUGCAUACUAGUCCUACGAAUUAUAUAUUUCCGGAAAAGAAGAAGCCGAAUUAUAUGACAGACAGAUACGACUCUGGGGUGUGGAGUCUCAAAAUAGAUUAA